GGCUAGUGCCAUCAAGAUGACGUCUCUUUUGACGCUGCGUUCGAGAUUGUUUUCAGUGCUUAUUGUUUUAGUUUUGGGUGGCAUACUCUUAACGUACACAUAUCAAAAGAACGCGGCUAAGGCUAUGGCGUAUUUAAGAAUGUAUAAGCGAGUCCAUGUUAAGGAGAUGCCAAGGCCGCUUGACGAUGUGCUGCUGGCGGAACAUCAACCGAAGCCUGGACGCAGCAUUUUUUUCCUGGAGACCACUCGCGUAACGAAGAAUAUUUCGGAUAUGAAAAGCAACAUGCUACAGCUGACGGCGCGUCAGGCUUGUGCCAUUGAAUCAGCAGCUUUCCAUAAUCCAAAUUUCGAAGUGUUCAUUUUAUUCAUUGGUCCGAUCUAUCGGUAUCCUGACAACAGCAGCCGGCGGCAGUCACCGAUAAUCGACGCGAUUUUGAGUUAUAAGAAUGUGCAUCUUCGUCAAUUAAAUGUUUGGCGCUAUGUGGAGGGAACACCUAUCGAGGAGUGGGUUAAAGAGGGCGACCUAUUCGAAUCGAAAUAUCCGGCUAAUCACAUCUCGGAUCUGCUUCGGCUAAUAAGCCUCUACCGCUAUGGUGGUAUCUACUUGGACAUGGACGUUGUUCUCCUACGCAGCAUGGAGAACGUGCCUGGGAAUUUUGCAGGCGCCGAAAGUCUGAGAAGCUUGGCUAAUGGAGUUAUGGGCAUGGAGCCAAUUGGCUUUGGCCACAAGUUCGCCGAGUAUUGCCUAUUUGAUUUUCAGCACAACUUUAAUGGAACUUUGUGGGGCUACAAUGGACCAGGUGUAAUUACACGCGUAGCGCAAAAAUUUUGUGGCACAAAGAACAUUUCUUUGUUACUAAAUGAUCGGAAACGCUGCCAUGGAUUCCAUGUGUUUGAUGACACGGCCUUUUAUGCAGUUCACUCUGCUCAUUGGCGCUACUUCUUUCAGCCGGAAUACUUGCAGCAAGCGCUGCAACUCACGAAACAUUCGUUGUUGGUGCAUGUGUGGAAUAAUAUCUCUAAGCAACUAAAGAUUAAGGUCGGCUCACCGACUGCAUAUGGCAAGUUUGCAGAACAAAACUGUCCUAAAGCAUAUGCUGCAGCAGGAUUAUAUUUUUAAUAGCAAUUGUAAUUAUAGCCAAGUGCGAUUUCUUUAAGCUUUGUUUUAUGUUUGCGAAUUGCUAAAUAUUUGCAUAAAUGUUUUAUAGCUUAACAGCCAUUGUAAUAUGAUUUAGCUGCCAUACGAUCGAUCGAUCAGUCCGAACUGAAGUUCUUCUAUAUGA